AUGUCUGUCGAUACCAAGGAAGUUCAAGAAUCCCUUGAUCAACUUAACAUUUCAGAAUCACCAGCUACUGCUGUGACUGAAGAGACUCCAGCUACCUCUACCGAGGCCGCUGAAGAGUCCAACGAGUCAUCGACUCAAGCUUCCGAGACCUUGGCUUCAUUGUAUGUUGGUGAGCUGGACCCUACCGUUACUGAGAGUGACUUGUAUGAGUUCUUCUCUCCAAUCGGUAGUGUUAAUUCCAUCCGUGUGUGUCGUGAUGCAGUCACCAAGCGUUCGUUGGGUUAUGGAUACGUUAACUUUCACAGCCAAGCUGCCGGCGAGCGUGCCUUGGAGGAGCUGAACUACGCUGAGAUCAAAGGUGUCCGUUGUAGAUUGAUGUGGUCUCAACGUGACCCUUCCUUGCGUCGUAGUGGUUCCGGUAACAUCUUCAUCAAGAACUUAGACCCUGCUAUUGAGAACAAGACUUUGCACGAUACUUUCUCCUCUUUUGGAAAAGUUUUGUCCUGUAAGGUUGCCACUGAUGAGAAUGGAAACUCAAAGGGAUUCGGAUUCGUUCAUUACGAAAGCGAUGAAGCAGCUCAAGCUGCCAUUGAGAACAUCAACGGUAUGCUGUUGAAUGGUCGUGAAAUCUACGUUGGACCUCACUUGGCCAAGAAGGACCGUGAAUCUAGAUUCCAGGAGAUGAUCAAGAACUACACCAAUGUCUUCGUCAAGAACUUUGACACUGAGUCCACUGAGGAUGAACUGAGAGAGCUGUUUGAGUCAUACGGUCCAAUCACUUCGAUCCACUUGCAAGUUGAUUCUGAGGGUCACAACAAGGGUUUUGGUUUCGUCAACUUUGCUGAACACGACGAUGCUGUUAAGGCCGUUGAAGCCUUGAACGACAAGGAGUACAAGGGCAAGCCAUUGUACGUUGGACGUGCUCAGAAGAAAAACGAGAGAGUCCACGAACUUACCAAGAAGUACGAGGCUGAUCGUCUUGAAAAAUUGCAAAAGUAUCAAUCAGUUAACUUGUUCAUCAAGAACUUGGAUGAGUCCAUUGAUGAUGCCCGUCUUGAGGAAGAGUUCAAACCAUUUGGAACCAUCACCUCUGCCAAGGUCAUGUUGGACGAAAAUGGAAAAUCUAGAGGUUUCGGUUUCGUUUGUCUCUCUACUCCAGAGGAAGCCACUAAGGCUAUCAGUGAGAUGAACCAACGUAUGGUUGCCAACAAGCCAUUAUACGUUGCUUUGGCUCAACCAAAAGCCAUCAGACGCUCUCAAUUGGCUCAGCAGAUCCAAGCUAGAAACCAAAUGAGAAUGCAACAACAAGCUGGUCCAGGUAUACCAAACCAGUUCGUUCAACCUAUCUUUUACGGGCAACAGCCAGGUAUGUUGCCACCAGGUGCUAGAGUCCCACCAAUGGGUAACCAGAUUCCUCAAUUUGCUGGUAUGCCAAGACCAGGCCCAUUUCCCCAAGGCCAAUUCCCUAGAAUGGCUCCUAACGGUCAGCCAAUGCCUGUGUAUGGCCAACCUGUAUUCAACGGUAACGGUCCUCAGCAGCGUGGCUACUACCCAAACAACAGACAGAACAAGAACAGGAAUCAAAAGGAGGAAGGAAACUCUUUGGCUGCAAUCUUGCCUCAGUUGCCAUUAGAGCAACAAAAGAGAGUACUGGGUGAGGAGCUUUAUCCAAAGGUUGUUGCUACUAACAAGACCCAAGAUCCAGAAGCUGCAGGUAAAAUCACUGGUAUGAUCUUGGAUUUGGACAACCAAGAAAUUUUGCAACUGUUGGAAGAUGAAGAACUUUUCAACACUCAUUUCAACGAAGCUCUCCAAGCUUACGAGGAGUACAAGAGUAAGACUGUUGAACAGCAACAGCAAGCGGAUGCACAAGCAAACUAG